AUGGCUGAUGAUUAUCAGGUGCAGCCGAUAAAUGGAAAUGGUACAGUUACCGAAACUCCAAAACCAUUGUUAGAACUUUAUGUGAAGGUGGGAUUUAUUUGGAGAGGGAAAAACAUUUGAAAAGUUUUUUUUUCGAAAACAAGAAGGAUUUUGAAACUAAACUGGUUUUUCUAUGUUUUAAUUCUGAAUGGUUCUUGAACUUUUUUUGAAUGUUGUUUGAAAAGGAACAUUUCAAAGCAUAAAAGUCGAAUUUGCACAGCUUUUUCAUUUUUCAAUAAAAAAAUCAAUAAUUUUGCAGGCAUCUGGAAUCGAUGCUCGUCGAAUUGGCGCUGAUCUUUUCUGCCAAGAAUUCUGGAUGGAACUCUACGCUCUUUAUGAAAUCGGAGUAGCUCGUGUUGAGGUCAAAACUGUGAAUGUCAAUUCAGAGGCUUUCAAGAAGAAUUUCCUUGGAGCACAGCCGCCAAUUAUGAUUGAAGAGGAAAAGUUGGUUUUUUUUUGUUUUCUUGGAGAAAAACAAUUAGAAAUAUUUUCAGAGAGGCAACUUAUACGGAUAAUCGUGAAAUCGAGGGGCGAAUCUUCCAUUUGGCGAAAGAAUACAACGUUCCGCUAUUCGAAAAAGAUCCAUCGGUUGAGAAACGAAUUGAGAAUUUGUAUCGGGUAAGAAUUUCACUAGGAAGCUGUUUUAACUCGAUUUUUAUUAAAAUAUAUAUUUUCUCGUUGUUUUCGUCCCACUGAUCACGAUUCUUUUGUCUUAAAUUGCAAAACUCAACUCCUAACAUGAGUUAUGACGUGGCUAAGUUUGGAAAUUUCAAAAAUUCGAGAUUUUAGGUGGUGAAAACUAGAUUUAAAAACGAUUUUCAUCCAAAUCUGAUAUCAUAGCGUUGUCCAGAAAGGUCGAUUACAUAAAUUGAAAAAAAUCCUCAUGUUUUCGAGCCUCCUGAACAACCGUAAAUCAGCAUGAAAAUCAUUUUUGAACCUAGUUUUCACUUCCUAAGUCCCGUUUUUUCGAAAUUUUCGAACUUUGCCACGUCAUAACUAAUGUUAGGAGUUGUUUUAUGCAAUUUCAGACAACGGAAUCUUAAUCAGCGGGUCGAAAAUUACUAGAAAACAUUUAUUUUAUAAAAAAUCUAGAUAUCCCUUAUUAGAUACUUUCAACAAAAAUUAUUUAUUCUUGUUCUUGCAGAAUUUCAAACUGUUUUUGCGCGCCAAAGUUGAUUUCGAUAAAGGAAAGAAGAUUCCAUCAACAAUUGAUGAAAUGCCAGCAAAUAUUAAAGUUCAUUAUAAUCGAGUUUGUGAGCAAUUGUCCAAUAUUGACCAGGUUUGUGUGCAUUUUUGCGUCAUUGUGUAUGUUGUGCAACUGCAGAAAUAUAUUUAUUGAAAAAUAGCCUAUGCAUUUAGAUAAAAAUGCACAUGUUUUCAGUUACUCGGCGAACGAAAUUCUCGCUAUCUUCUUGGUGAUAGUAUGACUGAAUAUGAUUGUGAAUUAAUGCCCAGAUUACAUCAUAUUCGAAUUAUUGGACAAUCACUCCUUGGGUAUGUUUUUAAUUUUUUUUUUUGAUUUUAGGACUUUAAUUAAAGGUGGAGUCCGAGCAAAAAAUAAGUUGUGCUCAUUUGAAAGAGCAUGUUCUAAUUAGUACAUUCCUCGGAGAAUUUUUAAUGAAAACUUUUCAAACAUUGAUAAAACAAGUUCAAAGUUCAUAAAAACAGUGAAACACCGUGUAAAAUGGCUUGAGAAAAUGCAAAAAUCCAAAUUUUCAAGUAGUUUGGCGCAGUGUUCCUUGUUCAAUACAGAUUUUUAUGAAAAAUCCUUCGUGGGAAUUUACUAACUAGAACAUGCUCUCUCAAAUUAGCAUAACUUAUUUUUGCUCGGACUCCACCUUUAAUAGAAAAUUAAUUUCAGAUUCGAUAUUCCACACAAUUUCACAUUUUUGUGGAAUUAUGUUAUGACGGCUUAUCGAACAGCUGCUUUUAUUGAAAGUUGUCCAGCUGAUCAGGAUAUUAUUCAUCAUUAUAAGGUGGGUUUUGGUAUAUGAGUGACACUUUCAUAUUUUUUGAGCAAGCGAGUUGAAAUUCUGGGAUUUUAUUUUAUUCAUAGGAUAGAGAGGGCUAAGACAUUUCGAAUGAUAUCAAUUUUAAUGAUAUUAUGUUAGCCAUAAGCGAUUUAGCGACAUUAUCGCCUAAAAGUUGCUGAAUCACUGAAGGGUAAGGUAAAGUCAUAAAAUUUGCUAUAAUCAAAAAAAAAAAAUAACGUGCAAACAGACGCAUUUUUUUCGCAGAAAUCGCAUUUUUUCGCGUUUUCUUGUGUUUUUCGAGCCAAAAUGGACUGAAAUUGAGAGGAUUUGUCUGAAAUGGUGUUUUUAUUGAUAGUGGAGGAAAAAUCAAUGAUGAAACAAGAAAAAAACGAUUUUGAAAAUUUCAAAUUUUUUCGACCUUUUCGAUAUUUUUUCGACAAACUCAUUUUUCUUGUUUCAUCAUUGAUUUUUCUUCCAUUAUCAAUAAAAACACCAUUUCAGACAAAUCUUUUCAAUUUCUGUCCAUUUUGGCUCGAAAAACACCAGAAAACGCGAAAAAAGUGCUUGAAAAAAUGCGAUUUCUGCGAAAAAAAUUGCGUCUGUUUGCACGUUAAUUUUUUGAUUUUCGCAUUUUUUCACGUUGCACGAUGCAUAAGAUAAAACCCCAGAAUUUCAACUCGCUCGCUCAAAAAAUAUGAAAAUGUUAUUUAGAAAUCUGAAUUUAUACCUGGAAAAGUUCUAGAAAUCUAAAAAAAAAAUUUUCUACAGGAACAAUUGAAUUUAUUCACAAAUCAACGAGAAACUCUCCAAUCGCCAACCAAAACUCACACAAUUCCCGAUCGAGUUUUGACUGAUAUUCGAAAUAAAGGACUUGCACCAGAUGUUAAUGUUCAUUGA